AAAUAUGGGUUUGAGCUGAAAAUGAUAGAAAGGUAAAAAAAUGUUAACUUAUAUCGUCAAAUAUUGAUCAACUUCUUUCACUAUUUUGUUCUUGUUGUAACAACAACCACCAAAAAAACAAGUUUGUAUUGACAGUUAAUGAAAGACCAAGUCAAAUUCUAAUUUUGGUAAUUCGGUUUUCUCAUUAAAUCGCCUAAUUUAAAGCAUAGCCUCAACUUCUUCACAUUCAAAUCUCUUUAUAUAACACUUAUGAUCAUCUGAUCUCUCCGACAAAAAGAACAAAACUACAAAGUACAAACAAUGGCUGACGCAACAGAAAAAGCUGAGCAUGACCGUAUUUUCAAGAAAUUUGAUGCUAAUGGAGAUGGAAAAAUCUCAGCGGCCGAGCUUGGAGAUGCUCUCAAGAACCUUGGCUCGGUCACACACGAGGACAUUAAGCGUAUGAUGGCAGAGAUUGAUACCGAUGGCGAUGGAUACAUCUCGUACCAAGAAUUCAUUGAUUUCGCAAGUGCCAAUCGUGGUCUUAUGAAAGACGUUGCCAAGAUUUUCUAAAGUAAAAUGAACAGAUCUAAUCUAUAUUUAUAUGAAAGGGUUUGAGAAUUAAUCGUGUUCAAUUUGUUUUGUAAUGACAAUCAUUUGAUGAAGUAUGUUUUUUUUUCUUUAUGUCUUUAUUUUCAUGUAAUGGAAGAUCUUGGAUUAUUCUUGAAG